GUUAAUCGAGAGUUGUAUUCUUCGUUGGUGAUAUGAAAGCAAAACAAUAAAAACAAAAGCAUUAUAUGUUUUAUAAACAAAAAAACUCGCCAAUUUUUGUCAACUACACGAAUUUUUACGCUGAGCGUGUGCCAGUCGCAAAAAGUCAACCCUCGUGUUGUACGUGUAAACGGAGCAACAGAAGCAAAGGCAACAGCAAUAAAAAUACCCGUCAAUAAAGUGCAGUGAUCCAUGAAUAUGAAAAUACUAUCACCAAAGGCAAAAUACGGCAAAAAACAAUUUUCUACAGCGAUAUUGCAAUAAUUCAACAGUUUAAAUAAAAUCUUUCCACCCACCAAAAGAACCAACGCAAUAUAAGGAGCGAUAAGCAACGCAUUGUCAUAUUCAGCUACAAUAGUCAGAGCAGCGAUUAACAGUCUUGGCAGUGCAGUUGGGCAAUAAAACUAUUACUACGUAGAACAAUUCCAAGGCAACAGCCAACAAUUAUUAAAACAAUCAUAGAACUUCUUUGUCGCUGAGCCGCAUCGACAGCGACCGACGAUCGUCAGCGUGCAUUGCAAUUGGCAUUAUCAGAGUAGUAAAUAAACAGCCAUAGCCAAAGCAAUAAGUUAGCAACAGUGCCAGUGUCAGUACCAAUUGGUGAUUGUAAACACAGAAAUAGCAGCAAAGGCAAAAGCAGCACACAACUACAGCAUCCGCAGUAACACCAAGAACAAACCAAAUAAAAAACAGAAAAAAGAACAGACGGCAAAAAUGUUGAAAACAAAAGCGAAUGACGAUAAAGUUGAUACAUUGCUGACCAAGGGUCUGGUGCCGAUAAUUGAUCUCGCUCAUUGCGGUAAGCGUUAUAUAUGGACCGAAGAGGCUCCAGUACGUUCGGUUGUGAAUCGUGUUGGGCAUCAAUUACAAAAAUGUUUGUCUGAAAAAGGGCUAUGUCUGCUUGUAAACCAUGGCAUAUCCGAUGAAAAGUUAAAGACCGCUUGGGAUCAUCUUGAUGACUUCGUCGAUUUACCUGUCGAUGUGAAGGAGACUUACAUACGCACCGGUGAUGAUAACCACGGUUAUGUGCGUCCUGCCAUGGAGCGUUUCGAUGGCAAAACACCCGAACUACGCCAUGCUUUCAAUAUUUGCACAUUGAAUACAAAAAAUUUACCCGAAGAACCAUUACCCGGAUUUUCGGAGCAUAUAUCUUCUUUGGCACAGGAUUUCAAAGCCCUCUCGCGUUUCAUACUGCAGGCACUCGCCGUUUCGCUCGAUAUACCGCAAUCGUUCUUUCUGGAGAAACACUCACACAUGUUGUCUGGUGAUCAUGAUAACGAGUCUACGCUGCGUCUACUCUACUAUCCACCCAUCAUUGAGGAUAAGGAUGAGAAUAAUGACUUUAUCAAAGGCAGUUGCAUCUAUAGUUAUCAACGUUGUUUGUCGGAUAAGCCCGACUUCCGGCCAGAAACGAAUCCGCGUGAUGAAAUCAAUGAAGUAGAUGGCAAUGAUGAGAACAAGGACACCACCGAACGUCAGUUUCCUAACGGUGAAAUAGUACGCUGUGGCGCACAUACUGAUUAUGGCACAUUCACACUGUUGGCACAGGACUCGGAGGGUGGUCUUGAGGUGAAAUUGCCGGGUACCGUGAAAUGGCAACGGGUUGGUCAUUUACCUGGUGCCAUACUGAUAAACUGCGGCGAAAUAUUGUCGAUAUGGACGAAAGCACGGUAUCCAGCAUUGCAACAUCGUGUUGUAGUGCCAGAGCAGCCACACAUACGCACGCGUGGCCGCCAUUCCAUCGCCUUCUUCUGCCAUCCAGAUAACUUGACGAUGAUUUCGCCAAAUGACCUGCCCAACAACGAAGUCGGCACAGACACAGUCGACAAGAAGCCACGCAAGAAGUCCUUCAAAGCGGCCAAAGAAAAGGUCUACAACGCAUACCAGUUGAUACAGAAGAGAUUCCGGGAAACCUACGGCCACCAAAAUUCGCACUGAUGAUCACAAAUACACACACAAACAAACAACUUAGCUUAUAGCUCAUAGCUACUACUUACUUACGUACAUACAUUAGUCCAUAACUAUUUUAGGUGAAUAAAUGUUGGUACUGACUUCAGUUGUAAAUUCGUUGCGGAGCCAGAGGCAGUAGGCAUGCUCGCAAAUGUCGUAUGUUUUUCUGUGGAGAAACCAGCAUCGUUUGGAAAGAUGUUGUGACGAAAAUGCAGUACAGUUGUUUUUGUCUUCGCUAUUAAGUUUAAUUUAUUUAGUAUAUUUUUCCUUAAAUAUUUGUAUAUUUUAAACACAAUUUGUAAUUGUAAUUGUAUUUGUAUUUGUAUUUAUACACAUCGUUUUAAUAAUUAUUAUUUUACCCUAGUUAAUACAAUACUUAUUAUACACACAUUUGUACAUCUACACAAAGUAUACAAUACAUAUGUACGUAUACUAUACAUAUGCAAAUAUGCUCGGCUGUGAAUUUUUUCCACGAGCCAUAUACGCCCUAUUCACUUAGUUAGACUUUCAUAAGCACUUCUUAUAUAGAUACUAAAACGCUCAUGACCACAUAUGCGUAAAUAUUAUGUCAAAUUACAACUACAUACAUACAUAUUAUGUGUUAUUUUGACUUCGGUCG